CUCACCCGGAAAGAGUACACACGGACCUUUAACAGAGCCGGAAGCGCCUCGGCACGACACUGACAAUUAACUAUCAUGGCGCUUGAUGUUAAAAGUAGAGCCAAACGAUACGAGAAACUGGAUUUCCUUGGAGAGGGUCAGUUUGCCACAGUGUACAAAGCCAGGGACAAACUGACCGACACCAUCGUUGCCAUUAAAAAGAUUAAGGUUGGCCACAGGACUGAAGCUAAAGAUGGUAUAAAUCGGACCGCUCUCAGAGAGAUAAAACUGCUGCAGGAGCUGCAUCAUCCAAACAUCAUCGGGCUGUUGGAUGCUUUCGGGCAUAAAUCAAACAUAAGCCUGGUGUUUGAUUUCAUGGAAACGGACCUGGAGGUUAUCAUCAAAGAUACUAGCCUAGUCUUAACUCCAGCCAACAUCAAAGCUUACAUCCUCAUGACUCUACAGGGAUUAGAGUAUAUGCAUCAGCACUGGGUCCUGCACAGGGAUCUGAAGCCCAAUAAUCUGUUGUUAGAUGGCAAUGGGGUGUUGAAGUUGGCUGAUUUUGGCUUGGCCAAAUCUUUUGGCAGCCCUAGCAGAGUCUACACACAUCAGGUCGUUACCAGGUGGUACCGCUCACCUGAGCUCCUGUUUGGUGCCAGGAUGUACGGUGUGGGUGUUGACAUGUGGGCAGUGGGAUGCAUCUUGGCAGAGUUACUACUUCGGGUCCCAUUUCUUGCGGGAGAUUCAGAUCUUGACCAGCUGACUAAGAUCUUUGAGGCUCUGGGAACACCCACAGAAGAAACAUGGCCUGGCUUGAGUAGUCUACCAGACUUUGUGUCCUUCAAAAUAUUUCCCGGCACACCGCUGGAACAUAUAUUUAGUGCAGCUGGAGAUGAUUUACUUGAGCUACUACAAGGUCUCUUUACCUUUAAUCCUUCAACGAGGACCACAGCUACACAGGCUCUAAAGAUGAGGUACUUCAGCAAUCGGCCUGGCCCCACUCCUGGUCCCCAACUCCCCCGGCCGAACUGCUCAGCUGAGGCUUUGAGGGAGAAGGAGACAGUCGGGCACAAGAGAAAAAUAGAAGGCCUGGAGACAACUGCAAUGAAGAAGAAGCUCAUCUUCUGACCAGAUGGGACCGGGUGAAUCAGAUGGUCACCACUGCGUGGCUCAGCUUCCUGUGUUUCUCAGGAUUGUCCACUGGAAUAAAAGUCCAAAACCAACAGAGGCCGUCUCAUGUGUGGUUGACUUUAGGAUAUUUUAGAAGUUGUAGCCAGCGUAUGGGAAUCGUUAUCUCUAAAAUAUUGAAGAUGCUGCUGUGUCCAGAUGGCCAGCGAUUGAUCUGCUGCAGAGGUCUGUUGGCUCUGGUCGUCCUUCACUGAUACUUAGACUCUGGCAGCCUGCAGGAAUACGUCUGUUUAUGUGGCUGAAAAGAAAAACAAACCAACAUGUAAUGAUUUAUUUCAUGUAAAGUUAUUUUUUAUUAUUAUUUUGUAUGUCAAAGCAAUAA